UAUAUCAUGGUACGGAUAACAGCUGAUUCCACCAUGAGCUGAUCCAAACCGUCUAAAUACUCCAAACGCUUGUAUUCUUUUUACGUUAAUGGUGCGGGAACGAUAUCCGAGAUACCAACAUCAACACCGGGCAGCACCUGGUGGAAGGACGCCGUCGUUCCCGUUUUUACGUGACACGUGGAGUUAAACGCUGGUAUCCGAAAACCCAUAUCAAUUAGAUGACGGCACGACGCCGUGGGCUGGCAGGUCAUGGGAGCCUGUCUCGGCCGCUGUUUAACGAAAGUCACAGAUUCCGUGCCGUACAGGUUCUAUCGACGGCAUACCAGAAUGUCGUUCCAAGAAGAAGAACAAGCUGAGUUCAGUUUGGAUGUCGAAGGACACGAAGACCAAACUAAAGGAUCAAAUAGUCUCUUAUCGUUCCUCUCUUUAAAAAGAUUCAAGAAAAAACAUGGAGUUCCAGUAACUUUGGAAUUAUUAGAAGAUGGAAGAUGGUCACGAGGUGGUAAUAAGUAUGCCAGAUUGAGUUCUAGAAACGAUGUUUCUACAAGUUCUGGUCUAAAUAUGUCCCUUCAAGUUCUUGAUGCAAGAACGUUAAUAAAACAACAGGCUUAUAUGUCGUCCACUCCGGGAUCAUCACUGGAUCUUGAAUGGGAACACGAAGGGAUGCCAUUACCAAUUGUGGAUGACGAACAAGGAGACACAGAGUAUUCUCUUACACAGACGUCAGCUAAUAAUAGUCGAGCCUCCAGUUUGACCGCAUCUCCUUGGUCUAGAGUCUCGAGUCCAAAUAGUUUAGAAUGGGAUCCAGUGGAACAGAAUAUGGUAUGUGUUGAUAUGGAGACUGAACAACUUUUAACUGAGAUAGAGAGAUUAACAGAUAGAGCUCUAAAAGAGACGGGUGAAUGGACUAAUGCUAAUACUAGCUGAUAAACGAAUUAAUUAAUGAAAUAUUGUUUGUAUUUUUGUAUUAUAAAGUCAUGGUAGAGCUAAAAUAGACGCUCUAACUAAAAGAUCACAUUAUUUCGGUAUUACUAUUCUUGAAACAAUAUAACUGCGUUUAUAUCGUUUCAAAAAUGUGUAUUGUACAACUUACAAUUAAGAUAUGUUGGAUAUAGAGAUAUGACGCAGAUAUCUACGUUGUGUAGAGUAUCUUGUAUAAUAAUCUCUAGCACAGAAAGGAAUUAUGUCAAGCUACUAAAUCAAGAAAAAUCAUUUGCAGUAUAUGCAUAUGUACACAACAAUUGUAUAUGUAAAUAAAAAAUAUUUUUUGUUUUCAAUUUUUAAAUAAGGCUAUCUGCUUGCUUAAAUAGGAAAUUGAACUUUAUCAUAAACUUUAGCAACAUAAAUACAAAGCUUUAGUUUCGCUUU